UCAAAACCCCUCUUUUGUUCUCCUUCUCCUUCUCCUUCUCCUUCUCAUUCUCCUUCUCCUUCCAGAAUCCCACCUACCAACAAUUCUUAAUGUCAGGUGGAAACAAUUCACCGGUUCCCUUGGGCGCAUGCGAUUGGCAGAAUCCGACAACAUGGAGAAGACCAUGUAAUGAGCCGAUUACAAAUGAGUCGUCGGUCAAUGUUGGAUCGGACAUGCUGCCAUCGCUCUCUGACACCAUUACAUCUUCUCCCCAAUAUUUCGAUUUAAAUGCAACUCUCUUAAUUCCUCCCACUCUGAACCAUAAUUCUUAUACCAGCGGUAAUGCUGGUGUUUUUCUUAGUGGUUCGCCUUCGGCGUCGCUAUGUUUGCCAAAUGUGGGCCAGAACAAUGUAAAUUUGAUUGGCGGUGACAACCACAGCCAGGGUGGGUAUGGUUACCAGUGCGAACAGGAUCGUCGUCAUGAGCAGCGGUCCAACUCUUGUCGAGGUACGAGUGGUUGUAUGCCUACAUGCAUGCAAUUCCGUAGAGAGCAACCACGACCUUACAUGGUACCAACUAUCUCUCCGCCUAUGUAUCCGAUGUUCAUUAGUAAUGUCUUUCCCUCCAACUGUUAUAGUACUCAUGAAGUCCCCAAUGACAUUCCCUAUUUUCCUUCGAAUGAAUAUAACAAUUCAGCCCGCCCGCAGUUUCAAUAUUUGUGCAGGCCAUCUUCUGUUUCUUAUCAAGGGUUUUAUGCAGCGCUGCAAUCUAAAUUUUCUUUUUUGCUGUUUAAUCUGCGGGCGAACUUGCAGGAGCAGAUUGAGUACUAUUUCAGUUCAGAGAAUUUGCACACUGAUUCUUACCUAAAAGAACACAUGGAUGAUCACGGCUGUGUUCCAAUAACUUUGAUUGCACAGUUUAAGAGAGUUCAACAAUUGAUGAAAGAAAGACAACUCAUAUAUGAUUCUUUCAGAAUUUGGAGUUUCAUGGAAAUGCAGGUUCAGCCGUUGGCCGAUAAAAUACAGUUCAUAUUGGAUUCUUUAAGGCCUUCAUACGUUGUGGAAGUGCAAGGUGAUAAAGUGAGAAAACGUCAUGAAUGGGAGAAAUGGGUGUCACGCUCAUAAAUCUCUGUUCGUUCCAGUGUUAAAUAUGUGAAUCAUCUUCAAAAAGCCUCGGAAUAAGAAUCUCUGAGAAAGACUGUGCGGUUGAAGAAUUUCGAUAAUAAGAAAAUUUU